AUGGGCAUUCUUCCAGAUACAUUAGGCCUCUCGCAGGAGGUGCCAGACAUAACUGCUACACUUGACACCAAUAGCUCUUCAUUGCACCUAUUCAAUGUAACCCUCGGCGACCCGCCGGACCCCAUCGACAUUCUCUGGGCCCAGAACCGCUACCUAACAACCUUCCACUCCUACUCCGAGCCCAGCCUCCCCUACGGCAGCUUACGAGCCCUCGUCGACCGAGCCAUAUCCGCCCUCAACGAGCUCAAACAGGCGAACCAUGCCGAGCUCGACGAACCCAUCCCCGGUGGCGUAUUUCAGUACCAGUCAGAAGAAUUCUCUCCGAUGAUCAUACGCUUUCGUCUUGCUUUGGAUCCCCCAGGGGCGGCUGCGUUGACGUAUUACGAGACGGGGGGUGUCAUUGCGUCUCUGGGGCCAUAUAUGCGCAAAUGGAAAAGCAACUCGCCCGCGUCCGCGGCUUUAGAAUUGUGGAAAGGGGAGGGUGCGGUGUCAGAGCAGAAAGCUACUGGGUAUAUCUCUGGGACCGCGAAGGCGGCUGAUCAAUAG